GGAUCUAACUUAUUCUUAUUUACGUACGGUCUUUUUUUCAUUUUCGUUUUGCUUUGUCAGAUCUUGCAUUUUUGUUGUUGUUGUUGUUUGUUUGUUUGCUUUCUGUGUUUUUAGUUUAAGAAGGUUUUGUUAAUUAGCUUACAUGAUUGAUUUCAUUGUAGUGGAUGUAAGAUUGGAUUUCGAUUAUGAAAUUGAUUAAGCGAUUGUAACUAAUCGUAGACGAAGAAUUUGGAUAUGUGCUUUGAAUGAGAAGUCGUUGAAGGAAAUACACAUGUUGUUUCGGUCGAAUUAAAAGGACGGAUUUCUUUCUCCACAAGGGAUUGGCAGCCAAUUGUGAAUAAAUAAUAAAAGUCAAAAACUGGAUUCUUCGGAUUGGCAAAUAAUAAGAAAGAACUAACUCCUUUCGGAUUCUUCCAUUUAUUUAAUAAAUUGGAGCUAGUGGAAACACUGUCGUAGUUAUAACCAAAUUAAGAAAACUUGUGGAAUAAAACAUUUUUAAAAAAUUAAAGUGGAGAAUGAAAAAAAACAUAACAUCAUCUUGAAGCUCCAAGACUUUGGGGUUUAGGAAGUUUCUUCGCAAUUUCCUUGCAUUAGUUUCUCGUCAUCUCAUUAUCAAUAGGACCACGACGAAGUGUCCUGCCAAAUUUAGGAAGUUUCUAUUUUAAACUCACUGUGUACUAUUUGACUUCUAUUGCAUGACUAUUUUCGCAUAAUGCGGCAUGAUUACAUUUGCAUUACAUGCUCAAUAUAGUCUAUGCAUACUAAAAGCUAGAAGCAGGUCCUAGUAGUGAUUUAGAAGCUUCAGAUAUGAUAAUCGGAUUACUUUUCCUUCUUCUCCCAUUGUUGUAUCUGAAAGAUAUACAUAUCUAUUCUUCUCUCCAGUGCGUCCGGGCUCAUAAAGGCACCAUUUCAGUAACUAAAAAUGGAUCUAGAUCAGGGAAGUAGCGACUUGAGAUAGCCCUUUUGAUGUAAUUUCAUUCUCAUUAAAGAAAAGAUACGAGUAGCUCUAUACGUACAAAAAGCAGCAUUGCAUUUCAUUGAUGCCGGGAAGCGAGGUGACUACAGGCUCUCCACAGAAGUUAGGGAAGCUGGUUAUGGAGUUGAACCUGAUGCAUUAGCAUCCAUGGUUCAAACCCACAACACCAAGAGUUUGGAACAUUAUGGGGGCGUUAGGGGAUUGGCAAGAGAAUUAAACGUUUCUUUGAAAGAUGGAAUUGUUACAAGUGAAAUACCUUCAAGGCAGAACAUAUACGGCAUCAACCGUUAUGUUGAGAAGCCUUCAAGAGGCUUUUGGAUGUUUGUAUGGGAAGCCCUGCAUGAUUUGACUCUUGUCAUUCUCUUGGUUUCUGCUGUGGUUUCCAUUGGCGUUGGAAAUGCAACUGAAGGUUGGCCUAAAGGCAUGUACGAUGGACUUGGAAUAAUAAUGAGUAUUUUUCUGGUCGUGAUAGUAACGGCAGUCAGUGACUAUAAUCAGUCUUUGCAAUUUAAGGACUUGGAAAAGCAGAAGAAAAACAUUAUCAUUCAAGUCACUCGAGAUGGAUGCAGACAGAAGGUUUCCAUUUACGACUUGGUGGUUGGAGAUAUUGUUCAUUUGUCUAUUGGAGAUCAAGUCCCUGCUGAUGGCAUUUUGGUGUCAGGCUACAGCUUAUCAAUUGACGAAUCGAGCUUAUCAGGUGAAAGUGAACCUGUAAAUGUAGAUGAUAAUAGGCCUUUUCUUCUAGCAGGGACCAAAGUGCAGGAUGGAUCUGGUAAAAUGCUAGUUACCUCCGUUGGCAUGAGAACUGAAUGGGGAAGAUUGAUGGUCACUUUGAGUGAAGGAGGAGAUGACGAAACACCACUUCAGGUAAAGCUUAAUGGGGUUGCGACAAUCAUUGGAAAGAUCGGCUUGGUAUUCGCGGUGUUAACAUUCAUAGUUCUGAUCUCAAGGUAUAUUGUGUUCAAAGCAUUACACAAUCAAAUUGAGCAUUGGUCCUCCAAAGAUGCGUCAACGCUUCUAAAUUACUUUGCCAUUGCAGUAAUUAUAAUUGUUGUUGCAGUUCCAGAAGGAUUACCUCUGGCCGUAACACUAAGUCUUGCCUUUGCCAUGAAAAGGUUAAUGAAGGAUAAGGCACUUGUGAGGCAUCUCUCUGCUUGUGAGACUAUGGGUUCUGCAACCUGCAUUUGCACUGAUAAAACAGGUACAUUGACAACAAACCAUAUGGUCGUGGACAAGAUGUGGAUCUGUGAAGAAACGAGGACAACAAAAAAUUCGGACGAUGAAACUGCUUUGAAAAGCUCUGUAAAUGAAACGGUAUACAAUCUCCUUAUACAAUCUAUAUUUCAAAAUACCAGCUCAGAGGUGGUCAAAGGCAAAGACGGCAGAAACACCAUAUUGGGCACUCCAACUGAGACUGCAUUGCUAGAAUUUGGCUUGCUUAUGGGUGGUGCUUUUGGUACAUUGAAUGAUGAGUAUAAGAUCAUCAAAGUGGAGCCAUUCAAUUCAAAUAGAAAGAAAAUGUCUGUUCUUGUGGCUCUUCCAACUGGUGGCUUUCGCGCAUUUUGCAAGGGAGCAUCCGAAAUCAUUUUAUCCAUGUGCGACAAGGUUCUCAGUGCUAAUGGAGAAGCAUUGCCUCUUUCAGAUGAAAAAAGAAUAAACAUCUCGAAUAUCAUUUAUAGCUUUGCCAACGGUGCUCUUAGAACUUUAUGCAUCGCUUACAAGGAUAUAGAAGUUUCUUCAGCACCUGACAAAAUUCCAGAUAGUAAUUUUACUUUAAUAGCGGUUGUUGGGAUUAAAGAUCCUGUACGUCCAGGUGUAAAGGAGGCAGUUCAGGCUUGUUUGGCUGCUGGAAUAACUGUAAGGAUGGUGACUGGGGAUAACAUCAAUACGGCUAGAGCCAUAGCCAAAGAGUGUGGCAUUUUGACAGAAGAUGGUUUAGCAAUAGAAGGGCCAGAGUUUCGCAAUAAAAGCCAAGAUGAAAUGGAGAUGUUAAUACCAAAACUCCAGGUGAUGGCUCGAUCAUCUCCUCUUGACAAGCACAUGUUGGUUGGUCAGUUAAGGAAAACGUUCAAAGAAGUGGUGGCUGUCACAGGUGAUGGUACUAAUGAUGCCCCUGCUUUGCAUGAGGCAGACAUUGGAUUGGCCAUGGGUAUUGCGGGAACAGAGGUUGCAAAAGAAAAUGCGGACGUAGUCAUAAUGGAUGAUAAUUUCACAACCAUUGUUAAUGUUGCGAGAUGGGGACGUGCAGUCUACAUCAACAUUCAAAAGUUCGUUCAGUUUCAGCUUACAGUCAACGUAGUCGCUCUCAUGCUCAAUUUUAUAUCUGCAUGCGCUUCAGGAUCUGCUCCACUAACGGCUGUUCAAAUGCUAUGGGUGAACUUGAUAAUGGACACUCUUGGAGCUCUAGCUUUGGCCACAGAGCCUCCCAAUGAGGGGCUGAUGCAAAGAAAACCGAUUGGGAGAAACGUUAAUAUCAUCACUGGGAUUAUGUGGAGGAACAUCAUUGGUCAGAGCAUCUAUCAAAUCACAGUGUUAUUAAUCCUCAGAUUUGAAGGAAAACGCCUGCUGAAUCUCACUGGUUCUGAUUCAAGCAUCAUUCUCGACACCUUCAUUUUCAACUCCUUCGUGUUUUGCCAGGUGUUCAAUGAAAUAAACAGCCGUGACAUGGAAAAGAUAAACGUGUUGAAAGGGAUAUUUGGGAGCUGGGUGUUCAUUGGAGUGAUGGCAUCAACAGUAGGAUUCCAAAUCAUAAUAGUGGAAUUUCUUGGGACGUUUGCAGAAACAGUGGGAUUAAGCUUGAAUUUAUGGAUAGCCAGCAUUGUAAUUGGAGCUUUGAGUUUGCCAAUCGCAAUGGUCUUGAAAUGCAUUCCUGUUUCAAACACCAAAACAACUUCCCACUUCCAUGAUGGUUAUGAGCCUCUCCCUACUGGUCCUGACUUCGUUUAAUUCAUUCAUCAAACUACUGUUUCCAUUUCAAAGUUUCAGGUUAGUCGUUCCCUCUUCCCAAAUCAUAUAUUUUCCUCCCCUCUUCUUUAAUAUUCUCUUCCUUCUUCUUUUUUAACACUUCACUUUUUUAUCUGCUUUAUGCUUCUGAUUUUCCCAUCUGAACCUUUGUUUUUCAAUAUAUAUAUACACACACACAUUAACUGUUCAUAUUUGGGUAUGUAUUUAUUUAAAUAGCCCCCUCCCUCCGUCUUUAUUCUACAUUUUAAUUGCUGUUUCUUCUUCUUGUAUAAUAAUAGCUCAAAUGAUAUUACUUUUU